AAUGUAAGUCAAUGAACCGUCUGUCUUUUGAAAUUUGAGACGGCGCUUUGCAUCUUCUCCUUGUUGACCUUCACAACGAAUAAAUAGGUUGAGCGUUGUCGUUUGCUAAGUUGGCCUGUCCCUUUGACUAUUGCUCACCUCUAAGCAUAUUACUUGUGGACGCGAUACGAAAUCACCUCAGAUAUUUUGUUUCUCAUGUAUGCUCUUGAUAAGAUGGGAGAUGAAGAAAUCAAUUUGAAGGAGGCUCUCAUCAGGUCCCUAAACGAAGAGGGUAUUUUACCAAAGCUUGAAGCUCAGCUAAAGGCAGCAGUGUACUUAGCUCUGGAAAAGCACAACUAUGCCGAAGGAAUACCGCUUUCAAAUCAGUCCAUUCGGUCCUUAUGGUCUACAGAAGAUGGUAUAGUAUACCCACUCCAUAUCUCACUCAUUUUUAGCAAGGCUUGAUCAUUGCGUCCCUAUUGGUGGAUUUUAUGAAUAUGAUGAAACUUGAAAAUACGUUAAAUGUCCUAAUGGACGAAGCGCAAAUGAAACAUCUAGAACUUUUUGACCGAGAUAAGUUGAUGGCCGUUCUACCUACUGAACGCAGUCCAAGCAGCUCUCCAGUGCUGCUGAACUUGAUUGAAACACUUAGACAUCUCCGGAGCCAGAAAAUGGAUGAAACGGAUUCAUCUACUUCAGCAUCAAAUAAUUCACGUAAUAAUUUUGGAUCCCAGGUAUCAGAUGAACCACUCAACACUCCAAAUCGCGACGUUAAUGGUUCGUCAAAAGUUAAAGAAACUAUAAACACUUCCCAGGAAACUCGCCUUCAAGAAAUAGUCACUAAUCACAGCAGCAGAACGCAAAUGCGUACAUCUGUAAUUGGGUCUACAGAUUCUCCGCGACCUUUAACACCGAAUUCUCCAGCUUUGAAUAAUGUUGCGAAGGUCGAAUCCCCCGGAAGGGCGAAUUCAGGAGGGAGUUCACCAUCCAUAGUCAGAGUGUUUGCACCAGUGAAAAAACAGUCGUCUUUAAAUGACGACAAAUCAGAUGUUGAUGAUGAUGAUGAUGAUAUUGAAGAAGUGUUAAGAGCCGAAGAGUCAGUAAGUGAUUUUAUUUGAAAGUCAGUAGUUAAAUUUUACUUACUAUCCUAAAAUGUAAGUCGUUCUCUGUCACUAGAGCUACCACUUACUUUAUCCACUUUGUCCAUUAUGACUAUGGUGCGGGUUUAAGGCCAUUCUGCAUACUUUAGAACUUUAGCUCCUAAGUCUAAAAAUUAGACUCGAAGCUAUAGGAUCUCUACUUUAUUAAAGCUGUUAGGUGAUAUCUCUACCCCACUUGCAGUGUAAUUCAAAGAAUAUUACUCGAACCUGUAUUUCGUUACUCAGGUCACGUCUUAAUAGUAUCACUUUGUAGUACUGGGAAAUGGAUAUCUUGGUUUGUAAUAGGCAAAAACAGCAGUUUUGACGUACUACUUUAGCAACACAAUCUCUCAGACUUAUUGAAACAGUACUUCAAAUGAGAUUAAAGGGAGGCUUAUUACCAUUGGUAAUAAAAAUAAGGGACCACAAAAGUAUGCAGAAGGAAAACGGUUAUAUUUUCCACCACUUACACCUGAUAUAUUAAAGUGUCAUGAAUUACCAAAGUGAUUAGAACAGUUAAUAAAAACCCAGCUAAUGGAUUACCCCAGUUGGUUAAGCGAUUAGUGCAUCGAAACUGACUUUUUAGCUCUAAAUACAUCCACAAAGAGGGUUAUUUUGUUCUAAUGAGGGUAAUGGUUCAGCGUCAUAACUAUUGUUAUGCAGUGAUUGGUGGGUGUACACAUACAUAUCACAGAACAACAAGUUAGAUAAAAACUUGAUACUGUUAGACAUGAAGCGGUAAUAUAUUAUUUCAUUUUUAUCACACUGACAAAACAAAAGAAAAGCUCAUCUAGAGUACCAAAAGAUUAGUACUUUUAAACAUGAUGAUGUAUACUAAUAAGGUAGAAAAUGAUUUUCAUAGUUUAAGUGACGAACUAAUCUUAGUUAAACAACUAUUUAGAGCCUGGGAGCACCGGACGGCCGUUUCUUUCUAGUCUGGAACUCUUCAGUAGUGCGCAUUCACUACCAUAGGACAUUUGUCUGUCAUGAGAACGCUUAACCUCUAGAUCACAUUCGGUAUCCAACGCUUAGAUUCCUCAAUGCGAAGUUGUGGAUUCGUACUGUUGAGGAACUUCACACUAGGACGAAAUGGCCGUCCAGUGGUCUACCUAAGGUCAGUUCGUAAUUCAAACUAUGAAAAUUCUACAAUCUCCACGAAUUCAUCCCUCCUUAUAAAAAAUUGUUGUGGAAUGAUAAUUUUCAAAUAUAAAGCAUAUAAAGUGUACUUACGCCACCGUGAAAAUAUUUGACUGAUUCACGUAGUCAGCUCAUAACGGUUUUAAGUGUUAUACGGAUCCUAACGAAUUAAAUAACUAAUUAUCUAACAUCAUGUUCGUUUAAACUGUAGCCAACCAAGCAAUAUAAAUGUCACUGUUGAUUCAUAACUAAUUACCACCUGAACUGAAAGUUGCUUACUCGUCAAUUGGGAAACAGUGAAUAUGUUUGUAGUCCAACUGUUUGUUCUCUAAUCGUCAGCCACUUUUAAAUAAACACGUUAUAUACGGUAAAUUUCCAUUGAGUUUUGUAAUGUAGUUCCUUCUAUUAGACUUAAUGAUGCAACUUUAAAAAUAAAAUCAACAUAAAUUUACUAAUACCAUUUAUUCCGGUUAUGUUUGCGCCAUGGUAGCCAUCCAGAUAAAAUAAGUGAUUAAAUUGUCUCUCUAAACCUGGUACAGUAGUGCAAAUUAGCGAAACUUUGUCAGAUUAUAUCUUAGUAAUUUCACAAUCUAUGAGAAUUGCGAAACAGAAAGCUGUAUUUCUAUGGAAAAUUUGUGACAGCUGUCAUGAGUACAAGAUUAGACAUUCCUGAAUAACACCACUUAUCAGCUUAGGUAAUUUCUCUGUUCUGAUACAAUCACAGACGUCUAAGUGUAUAGCAGUUGUUGAAUUUCAGUCUCGUCAUGUGGCUGACUAACCUGUCCAAUAGUCAGUGUCUUCAUGAACUGAUUCCAUGUCUUGGUUUGGCCGUCCCAACUUUUCUUUCCAACCUUCUACAUCAACCACCAUUUCCCAUCGAGGUAUUCGGUUGUUGGGUAUGCGUAGCAGAUGUCUUGACCAUCUUAGUCGGUAGAAAUUCACUACCCCCUCAAUAAAUUAGCCAUCCUUAUCUUGUAUUCCAUUUAGCUUCUGGAUGGCUAACUUGAUGGUCCUAAAAUACAUGAGCAGUGGUUCAGACGCCCAUAAAGUAGAACAGGGCAGAUUGCUGGGCACUAAACUCGGCCUGUGACUUGGGAA